AUGGCUGUGCUGCUGGAACAGAGUUGGGUCAAGGUGCAGGAGAAGACAUUCGGCAAAUGGUAUCAGAGACCCACCACGCCUGCGCCCGACAUGGACAAAGAGCUGACGAGGAUUGCAACACAGGNNCUCAACAGCAAACUGCAGGUCCGCAAUGUGCAAAUCAAGGACCUGGUCACUGACCUCUCGGAUGGUGUGAGUCUUGUGCUCGGCAAAGCUGUAGGCCUCAUGCUGAUGAUGUCGUGCAGGNUUAUGCUCAUCCACCUCCUCGAGAUCCUCUCCCAAGAAUCACUAGGCCGCUAUGCUUCUCGUCCCAAACUGCGAGUGCAGCGGUUCGAGAAUGUCAACAGGGCCCUGGACUUUAUCAAAGGCCGGCGCAUCCAAUUGACGAAUAUCGGCGCAGAAGACAUUGUCGACGGCAAUCGGAAAAUCAUCCUCGGUCUCAUCUGGACCCUCAUUCUCCGCUUCACCAUCAGCGACAUCAACGAGGAGGGCUUGAGCGCAAAAGAAGGCCUGUUACUGUGGUGUCAGAGAAAGACUGCCUGUUACGACGAGGUCGAGGUCCGAGACUUUUCGUCAAGUUGGAACGACGGUCUCGCUUUGUACGUGAAACAUCCACCACAAAGCUCUGUUGAGACAAUGCUAACACUGACCUCUCAGCNNUGCGCACUACUUGAUAUCCACCGUCCCGACCUCAUCGACUACGACAAGCUCGACAAGAACGACCAUCGUGGAAACAUGCAACUAGCCUUCGACAUUGCUUCCAAGGAGAUCGGCAUCCCAGACCUGCUCGACGUCGACGAUGUUUGCGACGUUGCGAAGCCCGACGAGCGUUCGCUUAUGACUUACAUUGCCUACUGGUUCCACGCCUUCUCCGCCAUGGAGCGUGUCGAGAAUGCAGGAAGACGUGUGGAGAAGUUCGUCUCCAACAUGCAAGGAGCCUGGGAGAUGCAAAACAGCUUUGAGCGCCGUAUGAGAGAGCUCCUCCGCCAAAUCACCGACCAGCAAAAACAAUGGAAGGAGGCCACCUUCGAGGGCUCCUACACCGAUGCCAAGAUGCAGAGUUCCGAGUUCAUGGGGUACAAGCGCAACCAAAAGAGAAAGUGGGUAGCGGAGAAGAGUGACUUGGUCGGUCUGCUCGGAAACAUCAAGACGAAACUCAGUACAUACCGCUUGAGGCCUUAUGAACCACCACCGGAUCUCAGCCUUGCUGCACUCGACUCAGCCUGGGUCGGAUUGAUGCAGGCCGAGAAGGAGAGGAGCAGGGUCAUCAACGAAACGAUCCGCGACAUCAAAAACACUCUACGGAGGACAUUUGCUGACAAGGCCAACGACUUUGCUCUCGCUCUGCACACAUUGAGCGUGAGCAUCUCCGGACUCGAAGGCGAGGUCGAAGACCAAAGAGAGCACAUCACCAAAAUCUCAGAAUCGGUACCACCCCUCGACGAAUAUCUAACCAUUAUCGGUCGCCUGGACGAGCAAUGUGAAGAGGCCAACAUUGAGGAGAACGACUUUACAACAUAUACAUACGACGAGCUCGUCUACGAAUUGGGCUUGGUCAAAUCGAGUGUGCAGAAGAAACUGGCCUUUUUGGAAAACCAGAUGGUGGCGCGCAGCAUGACCAACCUCACGCCAAUCCAGUUGGAAGAGUUUGAGUCCGUCUUUAGACACUUUGACCGUGGUGGCAGCAACUCACUGCAAGAGCUUGAGUUCUCGGCCGCGCUCGCAAGUUUGGGACUCGUAUAUGAUGAAGAUGAGAUGCAUGAACGCUUCUUGGAGGUCAGCAAUGGUCCCGGUGGUACUGUCAGCUUCGAGCAGUUCAUCCGAUUCAUGGUCGAAGUCACCGAGGAUCAAUAUACGGCGGAACAAGUGUUUGAGAGUUUCCGCGAGGUCGCAGAUGGCAAGCCAUAUGUUACCGAACUCGAUCUCAGACACUCACUCAUCCCGGACGAACUCAUCGAGGACCUGGUCAAGACGAUGCCACAACACAGUGGACCAGACUUGCAAGAAGAUCGAGACUUGGAGAAGUACGACUACAUUACCUUUAUGCAAAAGUACAUGGGCGGUGCCAAACCCGAUGCCAACGGGGAGUAG